AUGAUUGCGUCAAUCAUCGCCUCCAACGAACCUCUUGGUCCUAGGCUACGCGGCCCUGUACAUUUCUUCCUAAUGACGGUCCAUAACCGACUGCUGGGGAUCUUGGUGGACCACUCUGUUAACCUCACCCAGUCGGCAGACUCGGUAACCAGCAAGGCCGUAUUCUGGGCCUAUCGCCGACACAUCGAUGAUGUUCUCGUGAUCUCCGAGAUCUUCUCUCCAUGUGAGCCUUAG